GCGGGACCAACUCGCAGACUUUCCGAAAAUGACCCCACUGCCCCGUGUUGAUAUUGAUCAGCCCAAGUAUGACCAGAGCACCUACGUGGGCAGGGCCAAGCAUUUCUUGCUGGUCACCAAUCCGCUCAAUGUGCUGGCCACCAACACGAAACUGGAGCAGGCCCGCCAGAUUGUGCUAAAGUACAGGGCCGGCAAGGAGGUGCCCGAGUGCCGAUCCAUUGAGGAUGUGUGGAAAGCAAAGUACCUGUACGACUCGGCCUUCCACCCGGAGACGGGAGACAAGCAAAUCAUAAUUGGCCGCAUGUCGGCUCAAAUGCCCAUGAACAUGCUCAUCACUGGCGGCAUGAUGGCUUUCUACAAGAGCACAGGCGCCGUUGUCUUCUGGCAGUGGAUGAAUCAAACCUUCAACGCCAUUGUCAAUUACACAAACCGCUCGGGCACUUCGCCCCUUAGCAACUCGCAACUAUUGACCUCGUACUGCCUGGCCACCGGCGGAGCCCUGGCCACGGCGCUCUCCCUCAACCGGGCCGUGAAGAACAUGAAUCCACUGGUGGGCCGCAUGGUGCCGCUUGUGGCUGUUGCAGCCGCCAACUGCAUAAACAUUCCGUGCAUGCGUAUGCAGGAGAUUCGCAACGGAGUCGUGUUGCUGGACGAGAAGAACGUCGAGGUGGGCGUGUCCCAGAAGGCCGCUUGUGUUGGCAUAUCGGCGGUAAUAGUAAGUCGAAUUUGCAUGGCCCUUCCAGGAAUGACUCUGACUCCAAUGCUCAUGAACGCGCUUGAGCGAAGGGGAUUUUUAGCCAAAUACCCGAAAUCAAAUGCUCCUAUCCAAACGCUGUUCUGCGGCUUCGUCCUCAUCUUUGCCACACCUCUGGGCUGUGCGUUCUUCAAGCAGCGGGCUGCCAUCAAGGUGGCAAGCUUGGAAUCCGAGGUGCGAGAAAAUAUUGAGAAGAAACGUCCUGAACUAGACACCGUGUGGUACAACAAGGGCUUGUAAGCCGGCAAACUACGAGCUUAAAGAAGACAAUAUCUUGAUUAAGACUUUUUAUUUAAUUACUCAUUGUGCAUUUAGCAGGCAUUUUUACGGUCAUAUAAGGGAUCAUUUCUUCGCACAGCGUUUAACUUUACGUAGCCAUGCAUUUAUGUAUGUAGUUUGUUUUACUCGUAAUAUUACUACUCCUCAUUCUUAGUAUACCUACGAAACCCACAAUGAUACUCCUGAAUUGAUGUUGUCUGU